CUGCAAGAUAGACAGAAACUACCCUCAGACAAGUUGGGGAGAGAGGAGCUCAGGGAGCUCUCUUGGCUUUAUCUCUUUGCUACAAAGAAAAGAAUAUCGGAAUAUAUAGAAAUACAGUCACUACUUGCAGCCACUUGGAUCUGAUGCAGAAGAUUUAAUUUGAUGCCUGUGCAUCAUUGCCCACAAGAAGGAUUUAUUUAUCCCAAUAGCCAUGGCAGAGAGAAGGCGAAUGAGUUACAGCGUCCACAGGGAGGUCCUGGAUGAAGAAGCAAUGGAUGAGAUGGGACAAAAGUCUGUAUCAAAAACAUCUCUGCGUGAGAAGGUCAAAAAAUCCGUAAGGUGUUCUGGCCCCCGGAUGAAGAGCUGCCUGCUGGGUACUGUUCCCAUUAUGUCAUGGCUUCCCCGUUACCCCAUCAAAGAAAAUGCCCUGGGUGACCUGAUCUCUGGGAUAAGUGUGGGCAUCAUGCAGCUGCCGCAGGGUAUGGCCUAUGCCUUGCUGGCAUCUGUUCCUCCAGUAUUUGGCCUGUACUCAUCCUUCUACCCAGUCCUUAUCUACUUCAUCUUCGGCACAUCCAAACACAUCUCUCUUGGAACAUAUGCAGUGAUGAGCGUGAUGAUAGGAGGAGUGACUGAGCGACUGGCUCCAGACUCAGACUUUAUGAGAUGGGACAACGUGACCAACGCCAGUAUAAUUGACACAGUUGCCCGUGAUGAAGAAAGGGUCCGAGUGGCUGCAGCUGUCACAUUUAUAUCUGGAUUAUUUCAAAUUCUGCUCGGUCUGGUCCAGUUUGGUUUUGUGGUAACCUACCUGUCUGAGCCACUGGUGCGAGGUUAUACCACAGGAGCUGCUAUCCAUGUCAUCGUGUCCCAGCUCAAAUAUACCUUUGGCAUCAGCCCUGAGAGGCAUAGCGGACCUUUAUCCUUGAUAUAUACUGUGUUGGAGAUAUGCUACCUCCUUCCAGAGACAAACAUCGGCACUCUUGUGGCCAGUAUUAUUACCACACUCGGCCUUAUUGCUGCUAAGGAGUUCAAUGCGUUUCUGGGCAAAAGAAUACCCAUCCCUAUACCUGUGGAGCUGGUCGCUAUCAUUAUAGCUACAGUUAUCUCAUGGCAAUUUGACCUGCAGCAGAAAUAUGGAGUGGACGUAGUGGGAGUUAUUCCCUCAGGUCUCCAGCCACCUGUUUUCCCAGACGCCUCUAUCUUUGGUCAAGUGAUCGGUGAUGGCUUUGCUCUGGCUGUGGUUGGCUACGGCAUUGCCAUCUCUCUGGGACGAAUCUUUGCCCUAAAAUAUGGAUACAAGGUUGACAGCAACCAGGAACUAAUUGCCCUCGGUCUGAGUAACUCCAUUGGAGGAAUUUUUCAGUGUUUUUCCGUCAGCUGCUCCAUGUCUCGCACUAUGGUUCAGGAAAGCACAGGGGGCAAAACUCAGGUUGCUGGGGCUCUGUCGGCAGUAGUGAUCCUUUUUAUCACGCUGUGGAUUGGAUCACUCUUUGAAGAUCUGCCCAAGUCGGUGUUGGCCGCCAUCAUCUAUGUCAACCUCCAUAGCAUGAUGAAGCAGUUCUUGGACAUCCCCGCUUUGUGGAAGAGCAACAGAGUGGAUAUGUUGGUCUGGGUGGCCACCUUCAUCCUCACCUUGCUGUUAAACCCUGACAUAGGACUGGCUGCUGCCAUUGGUUUCUCCUUGCUUACUGUCAUCUUCAGGACACAGCUACCUAAAUACUCCAUGCUAGGGCAGGUCCCUGAAACUGACAUUUACAAGCCGCUGGAUGAAUACCAUCAGGUGAGGCAAGUGCCAGGGAUUUUGAUCUUCCGUUCCUCUGCCACCCUCUACUUUGCCAAUGCUGAGAUGUACCAAGAUGCCCUGAACUCAAAGUCUGGCUUUGACAUUACAAAGCUCCUGUCAGCAAAGAAAAAACUGGAAGCCAAAAAGAAGAGACACGAGAAGAAGGAAGCCAAGAGAGUCAAGAAAGAGCUCAAGCAGAAUGGGGUGGAUGUGAACAAGGAGCCUAACAUGGAGGAGCAGAACCAUGUGUCCGUCAUUGAAGUAGAUCCUGAGAGGGACCCCUCACUCCCAAGAGCCAUUGUUCUCGACCUCGGCCCUGUCAACUUCCUGGACACCGUGGCGGUCAAGACACUACGAAGUAUUCGGAAAGACUACGGAGAAAUUGGAGUGGAGGUGGUUCUUGCUGGUUGCCAAAGCAGUGUGGUGGAUAACCUGCAGACCGCAGGUUUCUUUAACGACAAAGUAACAAAGUCUUGUCUCUUCACCACCGUUCACGACGCCGUUCUGUACUGUCAGUCUGCCAUAACACAGAGCCAAAGCUUGGAAAAUGAGGAGAUUGCUGCAACACAUUUUUGAGUCCAGAGAGGAAACAAUAUGAUAUUAUAAAGAAGUGACAGGCACUCUGUCUGUUGGAGGAGUUAUCCAUGGAGCUUCAGAACUGAAUCUACCUUCUGUCUCAAACACAGAGACAUUUCCACACAGUACAACAAACAUAGUACACAUCAUGUGUAUGCAUAUGCACAGCUAUCUGUUAUAUGUGUACGAUUAUAUGACUAUAAGACUUUGUAUGUAAUAGAAGUCACUGUAAUAAGCUUCACUGUUCUGAUCAAUAUUAUAUGCGAUUUUUUUAAAACCUUUAAGUGCAUUAGAUUAAUUCAAUUUCACAUUAUCUGUAAAAGUAUACUAUCCUUCCAGUAUGUGUGCAUCCAUAUAGGUAAUGGUCUGCAUAUUAUAUGGUGCUCUGUGUAUAGACGUAUAGACUCCAAUCAAUCAAUCAGUCAAUCAAAUGAUAUGUAUAGAUUGUUUUUCUCCUGCGUAAUUUUUAGACGAACCUUGCAUGUGUUUUUUGGUUUUGUUUGUGUUGUCUUAGUGUUUUGUUUAGUUUUUUACUGUUAAUCAUUACAUAAAUGCUGCCAUGAUGGAUUAUUUAUGAAGGCAGUGUUCAUGCUCUUACAUGGAAAAAUAAAUGUUAUUUUAAGAUA